UCUCGAUUCCGCAUACUUUUUUUAGCUCUAUUUUUUAUUUGAUAAUUUGAGCAUCCUGUCAAGAAAAUAAUAAUAAUCAGCACAUUGAGCAUUCGAUUGACAUAAAAAUCAUUCAAAUCGGUUAAGAAUUAAAAAAAUAAUGACUCAAAACAUGAACCCGGGAAUGAAAAGAUUCCUACCCUAAAUUACAAAUUUUUAUUUUCUUUUAAUUAAAGCUUUAUUGGCAAUGAAGGAGAGCCAGAACAUUACGAAUUAAUGUUUCAAGUAAAAGAUUAUUGUUUUGCACGUGAAGACCGAAUUGUUGGUGUGGGUGUUUUGCAGCUUUCUCAAGUUCUCGAACAAGGUUCCUAUGCUUGUUGGGUACAACUUGGUCGGCGUUUAUUUAUUGAUGAAACUGGACUUAUUCUUUUGAGGAUACUUAGUCAAAGACAGAAUGAUGAAAUUGCCAAAGAAUUUGUUCGACUAAAAACUGAAUGCCGUUAUGAAACGGAAGGUCAAGGAUUAGCUAAUUCUGCUUCUUCACAAAGACUUGUAGCUGGUCGUUAG